AACUGAGCUGAAUAGAAGAUCGGACUGUAAGUAUAUGUAUAGAGGUCGUGCUGCUGGACAGGAUAAUGUUUCCUUCCUUCCAUCAAAUCAUUCUUGAGUUUAUUCAACUCUUGCGAUUGAGCAUUACAUUUUCCCCAAUAAUCGUUGCACUCUCCCACGUUCUACCGAGCAAGGUAUCAACACCCGACAAUGGAUACUUCAAUACUCAUGACGAGAAAUCAUCUCGAACGGCGCGAUGACUCUAAGAUUUGCGCAGUGGAAGACGCCAGUGGUCCAAAGAUCAUUUCCUUUGUCGGUGGCCUCACAUUCCACCAAUUUGCAACGAUUCUGUCCGGUGCCUGUGCCAUCCUCAGCACACUGAUUGUCGGGGCACUGAUCGCACUCCAUGCCUUCAACUACUCGAACCCCGUACAACAACGGCAGAUCAUCAGGAUCAUGCUGUUGAUACCAUGGGUGGCCCUUUUCUCCUUCUUGGUCGUCUGGCGAAGCGACAUUGGAGAAUAUCUAGCCCCUUCGCUUGAUUUUGGUUGCUCGAUCGCACUAUCGUCGUUCUUACUGUUCAUGUGCGAUCUUGUCCUCUCGCACCCUGAAGGAUUCGACGGGUUGUUUGGAGAUGGAGCCACAGCCAAGGGUGCGCUCAAAGGGAAUAGUCCAACAUGGCUUAAGCGUAGCUGGUACGGUGUACUCCAGUUUAUACCGACUAGCAUCGUCAUAUGGAUCGCCACGGCAGCUACCCUCGCUACUGGUACCUACUGCAAGCAGUCUAACGACGUGCACUUUGCUCAUCUCUGGCUCACCAUACUCAUUGGCUACACUACAACGGUCGCUAUCGUUAGCUCGCUUAGGUUCUACAAGAACAACAAGAAAUUGUUACAGAAGCAUCGAAUCAUACUCAAGCUGGUCACGUUUAAAGGUAUCCUUGGCCUGAACUUUCUCCAGUCGUUCAUCAUCUCUCUGCUUGCAGGCCACGGAAAGCUGGAACCUACAAAGUACAUGACAUACCAUGAUGUCAACACUGGACUCGCCUCGCUCAUCCUCGCUUGCGAAAUGCCCAUCUUCGCUGUGCUUCUGCUCUUUGCAUUCUCGCCAAUACCGUACAAGCAACAAGGCAGUCCUGCAGCUGGACCACUUAACGCCAUCGUCGAUGCUUUCAACAUUUCAGAUCUGCUGUCCGCGUUCUUUCGGGGCCCUAUGAGAUUAGUCAGAGACCAACAAAGACAGAUCAUGCGACAGGACAGUGUGAGGAUUGCAUUGGUCUCAUUCAGUGACGAGGAAGAGAGGAGAGGCCGAGUCGUCCCGUAAUGGCUUGAAAAGCAGGCUCACCAAACGAGGCGAUCUUAUCACUUUUCUUAUCUAUAGACCCUGAUGAGAUUAUUCAGGAACAUGAGUUUGAUGAAUAGCUUCCGUGACGGAUACGAGAGCGAUGCAAGCAACGGAGGAAUUUUAUGAGUGUGGGCUGGUAACGACAAAGAGGGGACCAGAGAGUUCAGCGUGAAGUGCGGGACCGAUGUAGACUCCCCGCUAGCGUUGGGGUGCUUGUGAAGAGGGAUUUGAAAGGGUGUCUUCUCCAAAUCUGUAUGUAAUUGGGACAGACAAGUAGCCGCUCGAAGCACAACGAUUACCCUGGUCGCACAUGACCAACCUCCUUCAAUAUCUGGAGUACCAAAUCAUGCCG